AUGGCUACAAUCACCCACGAACUAGGCUACGAUGAAGAAUGGCUGAACGAAGACAUGGGCCUCUUCGUGACCAAGAGCUGCCGCACCCGGCUUUUGGAAUGCGCAAAGAAGCAAGGUAUCGUCCUGUUCCGCGGUGAGAAUAUUAUCAUCUACGGUGCACCAAUGGAGUGGGCUCUCGAACGUAAGAUCAGACGUAUAUACGCCUCUGGGAAACUCGAUAAAAAGGAGCCAGACGUUGGAGAUGCUCUCGCGAUGAUGAAGUGGAUUCGUGAGAGAGACGGCAAGCAGCUGGAAAGGGAGUUCAUCCGCACUCUGAAUUUGAAUACCUUUGAUAUGAUUCCAGAUUGUCAGACCAUGGAACUGCUUGCUGAAGCGUACAUGGAACGCUACGGAGAGGAGAUAUUCAGGCCUGGCAGCCAUCUUCCCUAUGACUAUCACCACCAUCUCACCUAUGACCAAAUCUAUCCAAACCAUCCAAGCAACCAGACGAACUUUUCCAUUCUUUACGGCAUACCGGGCAGAUCAUCUUUGGGCUGA